AUGCACCAAUCCAUGCACCGAACAAGUUCAAGGCAUCGCUUUCCGCGUGUUCGCACGCCACCACGAGGAUACCAUCAGCCAGUAACAGCGAGCAUGAACACUGUCGGUGAGACCAACAUGACCAUGCCAUCACACCCAUCACAGCCCCACGGCCAAACCGGGGGACCUUUCGCCGUUCGUCGCCGUCACUUGCAACAUUUCAACUUCAGACCAUUUCAGCGCCACCUCUCUCGCACAAUGGCAACAAUGCAAUCUCCUGCAACGUCAUCCGCUGAGCAAGACUUGGUCGACUUAGGUCUCGAACAUGGUGGCUCGCAGCUCACCGCCGGCAGCCAUGACCGUCCUCUCUUCGAACAGUUCUUGCAAGAUCCGGAAGACAGUCACAUAUCUCAGUGGCGUCAGGGCGACCUGACCAAUCCUGCCUUCAACGACUCUUUCUCCAGCACAGGCAGCUUCCACAGCACAGGAAGCUUCGGUAGCAUCGGCAGCUUCAACGGCAGCGGCAGCUUUGGUAGCGGUUCUGACCUCUCCAUGUCGUUCAGUGGCGGCCUGCCACACAAGAUCGAGACCAGCCCUCACAUGCCCACGCCGACCCUACUUUCACAAGCAGUGGACACUUCACAAUAUGCCAAUGUCGAAAACGAUGACUGGAUGCUCUCCUCUGUCGAAUACGACGCGCCAUCACCAGCAUCGCUUGGAACUCUCAGCAACGACCCUUGUACUCCUGUCAGUCCUCGCGGAGGUGAUGCUUUCCUUCGCUACCCACUCAGCGGCAACUACCAAUCGUCUGGGCUUGCAGCGGAUGGCAUCUCGAAAUUCGAGGGCGCGGGGGUCACGACUCACGCCCAUACGCCUUUCCAAGGGACAUGCAAAUGCGUAGGCUGUACUGGAACCUUUCCAGAGCAUGCACCAAUCGCCGCCAUGUGGAAUGCCGCACAGCCAGUUCCACCGACACAGCCACUGGUCAGUCAUCAUCCGCAUGCUCACGGUCUACCUCUUGUCUCGCCAACGAACCUUCAUGGCCCCACUGCCCAACCGCUCCCUCCGCUACUUGCAACUGAGCCUGUCGGUACUGGCAUCCACGCUUUGCCGAGCCUGAGUCAUUACAGCCUCGAAACAUCCCCAGAGCAAGACUCCGAGAGCGACAGUGACUCCGAGCUGGACGUCCAUGAUCAAGCUCUGACCGAAGCUGCUUAUCGCCACGACCGAGACCGUUACCUGCUGAAGAUGAGGGAGAAGGGCUGGUCAUACAAGGAGAUCAAGGUUCGAGGCAAAUUCUCGGAAGCUGAAUCAACACUGCGUGGUCGUGUACGUGUGCUGACAAAGGACAAGAGCCAGCGAGUUCGCAAGCCCGAGUGGACCGAGAAGGAUCUCGAUCUCUUAGACAAAGCUGUUCGCAGAUUCUCCGGCUUCGAUGGCUCUGGCAGAGAUCGCAACGGUAGAAUGCCUUGGAAGAAAGUCAGCGAGUGGAUGAGCAAGAAGGGCAGCACAUAUGUGUUUGCUCCUGCCACCUGCGCCAAGAAAUUCAAGGAGCUCAACUGA